UCGCCUUCCACAGACCGUCCUCAGCCCAGGGCGGGGCUGAAUCCACGAAACUGAAUUCUACAACCGGGCACGGCAGAAGGGGAACUCAACCCCGUCCUGUCGCUUCCAUGGAGCAGCGUGGAAAAGCUCUGCGCGCGUAGCACCGGACCGGACAGCGGCUGUGGUCAGGAUUUAUCCAUUUGGACCCAAAAGGAGAGAAACGCGUUUCUGUUAGUGGUGCGCAGCAGUUAAAGAUGAUGUGACAAACCCAGAUCUUGCUGCCCGCAGUGGAAGUGGGGGGGAAAAAAAGAGGAGACACCCUAUAAAAAUCACUCCUGGAGAUCAACCGAGCUGCUCGUUCUGAGGCUGGAAGGCCUGGGGUGAGACAGAGACGAUGGCUGAACCACGGCGGGAAAGCACCAGCAGCCUACAGAGGAAGAAGCCUCCCUGGCUCCGACUGGACAUUCCCACGGCUCAGAUGUCACUAGACGAGCCUCCUACUUUUGUUCAGCCGGUGAAAAGGCAAGGGUUCCUUCGCAGUAUCAGUAUGCCAGUAGAGACUUCAUAUCUCCAGUCUCCACCGCGAGAGGUGUUUGACACCCGGCGGCCUGCCUUUCAUCGUCAGUCAUCCAUUACACAGACGAUAAAGAGCAGCAGGAGAGUGCACUUUGAAAGGAUUAACACUGUGCCUGUUAAGGGGCACCGAGCUGCCCGCCGCAGCAUCAGGAAACACCAUUCUCUCUCCAGAACUCUGCUCAGGGGAACAGCUGACUGGUUUGGGGUUAGUAAAGAUGGCGACACCACCCAGAAAUGGCAGAGAAAAAGCUUGCGACACUGCAGCCUGCGCUACGGGAAACUGAAACCACAGGUGAUCCGAGAAAUGGAUCUGCCAAGCCAGGACAACAUCUCCCUGACCAGCACUGAGACCCCGCCACCCCUCUAUGUGCCCUCUUCACAACAUGGCAUGCAAAAGAUUGUGGACCCGUUGGCGCGUGGAAGAGCCUUUCGAAUGGUGGAGGAAGUAGACGGUUACAGCGUGCCUCAGACCCCCAUCACUCCUGGAGCUGCAUCACUUUGCUCCUUCACCAGCUCCCGCUCAGGUCUCAACCGACUGCCUCGCCGGCGUAAGAGAGAAUCGGUGGCAAAGAUGAGCUUCAGGGCUGCCGCUGCGUUAGUCAAGGGUCGCUCAUUCCGAGAGAGCACUCUAAAACAGGCUCAGAGGCGAAGCUUCACUCCUGCCAGCUUCAUGGAGGAAGACAUGGUUGACUUUCCCGAUGAACUGGACACGUCUUUCUUUGCCAGAGAUAUCCUGCUGCAAGAGGAAUUGUCUACAUAUGUCGAUGAGGUGUUUGAGUCGCCAUCUGAGAUGGCCAUCAAAGAGACAGACUCCAGCUCCAAGAAAGAUGAAAAAGAGCUGACGGGCAGCGCCUUAGAUAAGACUGAGCUGGAGAGAAGUCACCUCAUGCUACCCCUAGAAAGAGGAUGGCGUAAAGCCAAAGAAGGAACCCCAGCACCACCAAAGGUGCCCUUGCGUCAGGAGGUGGUGAGUGUUCACGGACAGCGGCGUGGACAGCGCAUUGUUGUACCCGUCAAGAAGCUUUUUGCUCGUGAGAAGAGGCCUUACGGGUUGGGCAUGGUAGGAAAGCUCACAAAUCGCACUUACCGGAAGCGAAUAGACAGUUACGUCAAGAGGCAGAUUGAGGAUAUGGAUGACCACAGGCCGUUUUUUACAUACUGGAUCACCUUUGUCCAUUUACUCAUCACUAUACUGGCUGUGUGCAUCUAUGGAAUAGCUCCAGUUGGCUUUUCUCAACAUGAAACUGUUGAUUCUGUUUUAAGAAACAAAGGUGUCUAUGAAAAUGUUAAGUUUGUACAGCAGGAGAACUUUUGGAUCGGGCCUAGUUCAGAAGCCCUGAUCCAUUUAGGGGCCAAAUAUUCUCCAUGCAUGCGACAAGAUGGGCAGGUGCAUGAUCUUAUCAGGGAAAAGAGAGCUAUUGAACGCAACUCGGCUUGCUGUGUUCGGAACGAUCGUUCUGGCUGUGUCCAAACAUCAGAGAAGGAAUGCUCGAGUACUUUAGCUGUGUGGGUGAAGUGGCCCAGGGAUCCCAGCACUCCCAAGUUAAAUGGUAAAGACAGACAGUAUGGCUCAGUGUGUCAUCAGGAUCCCAGGAUAUGUCUGGAGCCUGCUUCAGUGUCGCCUCAUGAAUGGCCUGAUGACAUCACAAAGUGGCCGAUUUGUACCAGGUACAACACAGGGAACCACACCAACCUGCCUCACAUAGACUGCACCAUCACAGGCCGACCCUGCUGCAUCGGAACCAAAGGGAGGUGUGAAAUCACAUCCAGGGAAUAUUGUGACUUCAUGAAGGGCUACUUUCACGAGGAGGCAACUCUUUGCUCUCAAGUGCCCUGCAUGGAUGAUGUGUGUGGACUGUUGCCUUUCCUCAACCCUGCGAUUCCAGAUCAGUUUUACAGGCUCUGGCUCUCUCUCUUCUUGCAUGCUGGGUAAGUCAUUAGUGCCAAAGAUCUUUGGCAGAAUCUUUUCAAACCCUUUUGUUUGUCUUUAAACUUUCUGAGUGGAAAAAAAAAACCUAAAGAAAUU